GAAAAUUAUAAAAAUGCAAAAGACAAUAAAAAUAGAUGGUGCCCACCACCGCAGGCGGGUUGCCGGUCGCGGCGACGCCGUCGACGGGUCCGCCGCCAUCACCGCCGUCGCCGCCGCCGGAGGGCGACGUCUCGAUGGACGACAAGGGCUCGGACGACGAGAGCUACCACAGCGGCAGCAUGAGCACGUCCAACGACGAGAAGGCGCAAGGAAGCGGGAGCGGCUCGGAUGAUGAUGGAAGCGAGCAAGAGAUCGACUACAAGAACUUUACCGGAUCGGCGCCGAGCCCGACGGCGCUGCCGAUGAAGCGCGAGGUCCUCCCCGAGCACCUCGGCCCGCUCGAGAUCCUGCGGUCCAUGGUCGAAGUCGCGCAAGCCUGCAGCUUUCUCCGUGUGUUUGGCGCGGUGCUCAAGAUCCCGCCGAUCUCGCGCACGGACCUCGAAAUGGCGCUCAUCCACGGCGAAGACGUCACGUCGGGCGCUGCGAAUGCGAUCCUUGCCGAGGUGCACUACCGGCUCUGUCGCGACGCGGGCCAAAAGAUCGAAAAGGCCAAAAUGUGCCACGAGUGGGAGCGUAUCUUGCAGCGCAAGCUCGGCGACAGCAACAACUGGCAGCGCCACUUUGUCGUCAACCCAAUGCCCGGCGAGUACAAGGACGUUGGUCUCCGCGAGCGCGCGCUCAUCUUGCAAUGGCUCUGCGAAGGCCGGUUGCAAUCUUGCAGCGACAUCCGCAAGCACGUGGCCGCGCUCUCGGCGCCAAGCAAAGACAAGGACGACGACGACAAGUUCAACCAGCUCCGGCCCGAGGCCCUUGGCGAGGACGACAACGGGUCUAUUUAUUGGUUCUUUCACGACGGCUGCUGGGUCUACGCCGAAGACAAGCCGCUUUGGCAGCGCGCUCCGGCAUCGGUCAACUGCCACGUGCGGUACGCGACGCCCCACAAGCUGCGCAUCUCGAUGCAGUACGGGAUCGAGAACAACGAGGGCAUGGCGGCGAUCCCGCUGCCGACAGACGAGUACGACGAGACUCUCGUGGGCGGCAGCCUCAAGCGCAAGCGCGACUCGUCGUCGUCUCGGAAAAAGGACAAGAAGGACAAGAAGAAGAAGAAGAAGAAGAAGAAGUCGUCGACGUCCGAGUCGGCGUCGAGGCGCAAGUCGUCGAGCCGCAAAUCGUCGUCGUCGGCCAAGAAGCCUCGACUACACGAGGAGAACGAGCAGGAGGAGGACGCGGUCAAGCCACCGCUGCCCUCGAUCCCAGAAGUGAAUACCAAGUCGGAGCCCAAGGACGACGACGGCGCGCCAGAGACCCAUGUGCUCUGCCACCUCUGCAACAAGCUCUACGACAUGGCACUCCUGGACCCGCCGCUCCUCAAGAAGCCGCAUGGCGACUGGAAGUGCUUUGAAUGCCUCGUCAACGACGCCCGUGGGUGGCCACGCCGCCGGCAGCCGCGCCAAGCGCCACCGCCGCCGCCGGUCGUCGACCGAAAGAAGCCCAAGUCAUCCUCAUCGACCAAGUCGUCGUCGUCGUCCAAAGCGAAGAAGAAGAGCAGCAGCUCGUCAGUCAAGAAGUCGACGAGCAGCAACAGCUCCAAGAAGAAGAGCAGCUCCAAGAAGAAACACCACCACCACUCGUCGUACCCGCCCGAGUACAAGUACCUCCUCGAGAUGUACAACACGCGCAAGCGUCAGCGCGACGCGCAAGAGGCUGAGAACCUUGCGAUGGGCCUCCCUGAUCCGCCGUCCGGCCCCAGCAAUUGGCGCGUUGUCAGCAUGACCGUCGACGGCCUGCGUCACGUGCUCGACACGCAGUUUGCUCUCGAUGGCUCGGUCGCCCAGCAGCGACUCAAGGGUCGCUUGAUCCAAAUCCUCAAGGCGGGCGAGGUUGCACAGGAAGCGAUGGAGAAGAAGCAGCACCAGCAGCACUUGCUGUGGCAGAUGCAGAGCCUUCCGCGCCGAGCCUCGUCGCGCAUUGCGACCACGCGCAUCAAAUCACAAACGAGCGAGCACGACGACUCGGCCGACGAGUCGUGGGACGAAAAGCCGUCGGAGCGCCUCGUGCGGCUCGCACGUCGCACGAGCAACAGCUCGGACAGCAGCCUCACGCCCGCCCAGCGGGAAGAGCAGGCCAAGCGCAAGUUGGCCAUGGAGCGGGCGCACCGCGCGUCCCGGCGGCAGCGCGAGUGGGACGACGACGACGACCAGAACGGCGGGUCGUCGGCCGACGAGUCGCGGCGCCACCGACGAACGCGCAGCACCCGCAGCCACUCGAGCUCUUCCGUCUCGACGUGGAUCGACUGGUCGCAAGUCCAGUCGUCCGUGUACCCGCUGCACACGGUCUGCCUCGCGCUUGUCGACGCCAUCAUCAAGGAAGAAAAAGCGCCGCUGUUUACGCGCCCGGUCGACCCGAUCGCCGAUGGAUGUCCGGACUACCUGCGCAUUAUCCAGCAUCCGAUGGACCUCGGUACGGUCAAGGCGCGAAUCAAGGCGAGCUACUAUGCCACGUGGACCAGCUUCAAGCACGACAUGGACCUCAUCUGGAGCAACUGCUGCACGUACAACUCGGAGGGCGCGCUGAUUGUCGAGUAUGCCAACGCACUGGAACGGGUCUGCGCCGGCUACGUCCUCGAGGCCGAGAAGCACGGCGUCGACGCCAUGGCCGAAGACGACGCGACACGCAGCAGCGCGGCCAAGAGCAAGAGCGACGACGAGGAGGAGUACCAUGCCAAGUCGGAUGCCUCGAGCGACAAUGACGACGAUGACGACGACUCGAGCGACGACGAUUCGAGCGAUUCGAGUUCAAGCGAUGCGCCGCCUCGCCGGCCAAAGCGCGUGGCCCCGCCCAAGCCGACGCCCAAGCCGACGCGCUCGAUAGCGCGCCGAGCGCCGCCCAAGCCCAAAGCCAAGCCAGAUGUCUGGGACAGCGACGAGUCGGACACGCCGGCCAAGAAGAAGCUGGUGGCGCGCCAAGCCAAGGCGCCGCUGAUAACGCCGUUGCCGCCGCCCGUCACGUCAAAAACCAAGGCGGCAAUGGCCAUCGUUGCGCCGCGGCCGCGCAAGACCAAGACGAUCAGCAGUAGCAGCAGCAGUAGCUCUAGCAGUAGUAGUUCGAGUUCGAGCGACUCGGACGCCAAGAAGCCGGCGAGUCCCGUGCCGCCGCCGCCGAUGACGCCGCCGCCACCCCCGAAAGCGCCGUCGCCGCCGCCGCCGCCCGCAUCGACGACGCACCACCGCAACGGUGCGCUCUCGGGCCACUCGGAAACCUUGUACCAGUCGUCGUCGUCUUCGUCGUACUUUUCGUCGUCGAGCAGUGACGACGACGACGACGACAGCAGCGACAGCAACGACAGCGAGUAACAAGCGCCUGCGUAAACGUGUAAUUUUGCUCUCCAACACCACCUAUCAAGUAUCAACGUAUCAAGUCGAUACAAAAGACAAAA